AUGGCUACGUCUCUCGGAGACCGCAGUUUAAGCCCGGAGGAGGCAGAAGUCGCGGCGGUUGGGGGAAUCCGUCUGCAGCAAAUUAGAGGAUGGCUAAAGCCGAAUCAUGACGUACCCGACGACGCAGAACUGGAACAGCCGGAUUCGAAGAUGAUGAGGCUGUGUGGGGAACGGAAGAAUGAAAGCCCUGCCCCCUCAGGCCAGUCAGCCCAGGACAAUGUCAAGGCAUUCAUGGACAAGAACGGGGCCGCACCCUGGGGCGAGCCUGGCGAUGAAACACCCAAGAAUGAGCCCUGCAAGAGAGACGGACUACUUUGCGGGAAAGAGUGGUCCAACACCGACAAGGAGCCCAACAAGAGUCGGCUGGAAGUUCCAACGACGACGGAAUUGCCAAGAGUGAGCCGGAGCGUUCUCCUCCAGCCGAAGAGGAGAUUCCAAAGAUAUUGCCGGAACCUCCAGCCGAGCGUCGCGCAUUCCGCCAUUGACCAUAUUAAUAAUAGCUCUCUUGGGUCCGACAUUGAGCACCACAACUGGGCUGCAGUCCUUAAGGACAGCGGAUCUAUUCUUCACCAAGUUUCAACCGAUAACGUUCCAGGUCUCCACGACAUAGAGGACGUGGCUAAGAUGAAGAGCGAUUUGCAGUCCAUUGACAUGGAUAGGCCGCCAGAAGCUGUGACUAAAAUUCACAGCAUCUUAAGCGAGCACACGGCCAAUGUUGAGCUUAUUAUUGUGGAAAACUAUGUUCCAGGACUGCCAGAGAUUAGAUCAAAUUUCAAUGGGACAUGGGAUGAGGUGAAACACGUGCUCGAAAAGGACGAAAGCUCGGUAUUAAAGGCAGAAGAAAUUGCCCUUUCCAUCAGCAAACGAACACUCUCAACCAUCAACGACGUUCUUCGCGAUUUUGUUAAAUACAAGAACAACAAAGAGAGCCUUGGGACGCUUAUCAAGGACGGUAUUACAUGGCCCGUAACACAUUUCAGAGAUGCCCUGCAUAAAGUGGCGCAGAACUACAUUCCUUGGUUCAAACCGGUAGAGGAUAAAUUACAUUUACGGGGCAGGUCGCAGCCUCGCAAUACGCUACCGCCCAACGUCGGCGACGACAAGAACGAAAAAGGCGAGCAGGAACCUUUUAAAUUUCAACAACAGGAGUGGAACAAGUACAUCCGCCAACGGAAUGCAUCCGACUGGAGCAAGACUGAUGAGUGCAUCGGCGCCAAGGCGCAGGCCCGGCAAGGAGACGUGGCAAAAGUAGGGACAUGGCAAACGCAAACGAACGAGUUGACACGCGCCUGUUAUGCUGAGCAGUUUAACGAAUGGAAGGCUGCAAAAGAUCCGUUUCAGGUUCACCAAGAUGAGUGGAAAGCUUUAUCAAACUGGAAAGGAGAUGCGGCGAAGGAAGAGGAAUGGAAUAACAUGAGUGCACUUCUACGAGAGUGCUAUACGGAGCAGUUCGAUUGGACCAAGGGUCGUCGCCCUCGCGACUAUGGUCAGACGCUACCGUUAUAA